AUGGACUUUUGCGAUGGCGUUCAAUCACCAGCGAAUAAAAAGCAGAAAAGUAGCCCGAGAAUAGAACAGCCUAGCACAUCUCAAGAGGACGAGUAUGUUGAAGUGGUGGAGAUAUCUAACUCAUCCCAUCUGGAAGAAGAUGCUGAAAUGGCAGAGGAGGAUAGUGAAGAGACAGCUCAGGAUGACCAAAAAGCGUCAAAGUCUAAAGUGGCACAAUGCACACAGAAAAAACAAAAAACGGACAUCAGGCUGUGGAAUGAUAUGAGACUGAAAAACAGAAAGGGAGGCUAUCACAAGCCAACUGCUAAAAUAGCAUGCAGAUACAGCUCCAACAGGAACGAUCUGAUUUGGACGACAAAGGAUAAGCCAUACCAAACACAGCUUAAGAAAGCUAUUAAAAGCUUUUCUGAAAACGUUGCUCCGGUGAUAACGCACAACACUCUGUACUACUUCAUUGCAAGCAAAAAUACAACGAUGAACGCAAAGUACAAAAGUCUUUUUGGGCUGCAGGCGCUCCUUAAGAGCAGCGAGGAAGAGAGCAAAAAAGUGUUUAAGAGCCUGAGCGGGUACUAUUCCGGAGUAAUUGAUGACAUCAUAGCGCUUUUAGAAAAACAUGGCCCAACAAAAAUCAGCACAGAAAACCAUCUGCUUGAGCGAAAGGAAACUCUCGGGGACAUUUAUGCACGAGAAGACUCUGAUCUGAAGAACCACUACAACCCAGAGGAGAACAUCCAGGUGCAGAAGAUGGACAAAAAGUACCACGUGCUGAUAUGUGCUGUGCGCAUGGUUCUUGUGCUGCCUGAGGUGUACGAAGACUUCUUGAAUGUCAUCCCAGAGUUCAUAGAAGACACCGAGACUUCGAAAGACUCGGGCACAAACAGAAAAAAUUGCCAAGUUCUGCUGAAAAUACAAGAGCUGGUGCACAUGCACAUGAAGAAUGAAACAUGUGCUAAAGUGUACGAAGGACUUUACAGUGCCCUGGAGGACAUGUACGGUGCGGAUAGAGUGCAGAAAGCAACGGCGGUUGAGCUGUACAGAGACAUGUACACAGUUCUUGUAAAGUUCUAUGAGAAUGUGGAAGCGAUUGAUAGGAGCAGCAAUAACUAUGAAAUUGUGGGAACAUGUGUAAUAAAGAGCCAAAAGCACAUGAUGUGCAGGAUAAAAACAAAUACUGCGGCGCUGGAAAAGAACGGUAAAAAAGUUUUAGAGUCCGAAUACUCACUAAAGGAGAGCAGAUGGAAUGUUUCCCCUGUUGUAAAAAAGCACUACCAUGUGUUAUACGUAAACAACACAUCGAAUCAGCCCAGAAAGCUGUGCAUGCCCAUGCACGUAGAUGAGAGCGGAGAAGAGCACUACCUGCACACAGUCAAUGACAUCGUGGACUGCAUAAAGGCUUUGCAUGAGCUGAAAGGAAAUUCUGAUGGUGUGCAUCCGUACAAGAUGGACAAACAGACUAAAAAGUGGUCGUACAUAAAGAAAGAGGGGAGAAGCAAAACGGUAAAAGACCUAGAGGAGUAUGAGGUAGUGUUCUACCACAUUGAGAAAGAGAUGGCAGAAAAAAGCUUUACUUUUGCAGAGUUUAGGCCCUUAACACCGCAUGAAAAUGGCAGUGUGUGCAUUCCUUUAUUCCUCACGCCCAUAAUGCAAUCAGCUGUGAAGUUGGGCCCUUUUAUCAAGAAGGGCAAGCACAAGGAGCUAAGAUCGAUAGAGUUUGAAGAUGCAGUGCCUAGUGUCUACAAGUACAGCGAUGAGUACAAUGGACAGGAGUAUUCAGACAAGCAUAACUAUUACAGCAAUCUGUACAUUCCAGCUGACAGAGAGAAAAGAAAGAGCGCAGAUUGCUUUACCAUGGAGUGCGAAUCUGCUAAGCAGGACGAUGGCGCUAUUGAGGCUGUGUGGUAUGUGAGAAUGCAAAACAGUGUGAACGAGUACACGCACUUUAUUCUGGACAAAGACUCAUUUAAAAAAGAAAACUCGCAGAAGUUCAGCUCUUUUGUUGCAGCCCUGGAGUCGAGAGAGCACUGCAAAGACAGCAGUCUCCAGGGAUUUACUCUGAAUAGCGAUGGCAAAAGCCUAUACAAAGACGCAUCGAUAGACUCUCGAGUGAUUUUUAAUCUGAUGACAAAGAGUGACUCCUAUAACAAGAGCCUAAGCAGGUGGGACUCGGAGAGAAUCUACAAAAGGGUCAAAAAAAUAAAAGAGAAGCUACAGGAAAUAGGAGAGAUAAAGAGAGACCUGGAUGAGCUAUAUAAGAGAAAGCACACAAAGGAGCUGGCAAGAGACAAAAAAAUAUCCAACUCCAAAAAGUUCUACACCAGGAAGGUUCUGGAGGGACUGUGCAAGGAUCUAUACGUAAAACGAGCUAAAAGACCAGAUGCGCAGACAGAGUUUGUCGUGUUCCGCAAUGUAAACCCGAGCAAGUCCAAUCUAGGCGCAUACAACGAGUUCCUUGAUGUUUUCAUUUCACCGUACAGAAAAGAUAAGAACCCCACUAAGAAUGAUGAAUAA